AUGGCUGGUGCUAAACGUCCAUUGAGUGAGGCCGAUGGCAACGUCAGCGGGCCACCCCCGAGCUCCAAACGACAAGCAGCAAAGAGCUACGCUGGAAGGGAGAAUGAUGCGGCUCUCUACACGACACUUACGAAAGGCGAGCUCUGCCAGCUCCUACGGAGCCGUCAUCUCAAGAUAAGUGGCACCAAAGCAGAACUGGUCCAAAGACUCGAACAACAUGAUUCAAACACCCAUACUGCGGAGAGUUCUACCCAUGUCCCCGAGCACACAGAUGCCGUUCAAGGGGCGAGCGAGGAACGACUCGAGUUCUGGACUAUAUGCAGACCCUUAGACGAUAUCACUGUGGAGAAGAGAGCAACUUACGAGGACUAUGAAUCCUCGGAAGAUGAUGAAGGCGAAGGCGAACAGAUGCAGCGGCUAGCCCAAACCUGCGGCACCAAGCAAUGCAUCUGCAAAAAACCAUCCAAUGCGCAUCCUCAACACCGAUGGCUUCUCAGCCGGGAAGGAUAUAAGACAUUGGCCCACAUGCGAUAUGAAGAAGCCAUACGGAACGAGGACAACUACGCUGAAUACCAUUUCAGCGACUUCAACGGCUAUGGAUUUCAAGAAAUGAUGGAAAAUCAGCUCUUAUCUUUCAACAAGGAAAUCAGCAAGAAGCAGCCCUCGGUGGCAGCUUUGUGGUCCUUGAUUGAAGGCUUCGCAUUCGACCUCCCUGAUGAAAUGUAUUUUCAUAUUGAUGAUCCUGACCACGUCUUGGCUACGCUCAAGCUUGUCGGAGGGGCGGUAUUCUGUACUCUCAGAAUCUUGAAAGAGCGCAGUCUGCUACGGCCCAACUCAUCAGUCAAGAAUAUCGCCCUUGUAUUAGCACUUCUCCGGAGGAACCACUCUGAGUGGCCGUCAGGGGAGGAAGAGCCUGAGUUAGCAUGGUGUGAUGCCGCGAUUAGGGAAGCCCAACGAUCUGGGAUUGAAUUCAAGGGUGCUCCAUUUAGGAUUCAGGCCACUCUAAGGGAGGCUGUUCACUUCUUAUUCAAGAGAUCCGGCGCCAGAAGUAUUGGUGGCCGAUCUUAUGUCUUGGAGACACCAAAGGAUCGAGCAGCAGCCAAAGCAAACUAUACAUUCUGGUAA